AUUGUUCGGCUUGUCGCUUGUCGAUACUCAAACUCAAUAGCCAUGCAUAUCAUAAUAUUCAUAACCAAAGGCCAAAGGAGAAGCAUUUGCAUUAGUAUUAAAGCUGUAGCUUGAAAGUAAAGUACGGUGAGAAUCUCUCACCGUAAAAAAAAAAAAUUGUCAGCUUUGUUGUGAUUUGAUUUGUUGUUAAUUAUCUAAUAAUUUAGCUUUUUUUUACUGAAAUAUCAUAAAUAAAAAUGAAUAUUAGUUCACCAUCGGUCGAGCUAAGUUCUUACAGAGAUCAACAUUUUAAGGGUUCUCGAGCAGAGCAAGACAGACUUCUUAGAACUUCUACAACUUUAUAUGUUGGUAACUUAUCAUUUUACACAACAGAAGAGCAAAUAUACGAGUUAUUUUCAAAAUGUGGAGACAUAAAAAGGAUUAUUAUGGGACUUGAUAAAUAUAAGAAAACUCCAUGUGGCUUUUGCUUUCUGGAAUAUUACCUAAGGGUAGAUGCUGAAAAUUGUAUGCGCUACAUAAAUGGUACUCGUCUUGAUGAUCGAAUAAUUAGGACAGACUAUGAUGCUGGUUUCAUCGAAGGCAGACAGUAUGGUAGAGGAAAAACUGGUGGUCAAGUUAGAGACGAGUAUAGGUCAGACUUUGAUAGUGGUCGAGGUGGUUAUGGAAAAAUUUUGCAGCAAAAAGUAGGACCUAUAGGGGAAGGAACAUUUUGAGUUAUCAAAAAAGAUAAUAUUUGGUAUAUAAAUUAUAGUAUAAGUAUAUAUAUAUUAUUAUAUAAGAUAUUUCAAAAAUUAACAUUGUUUUAAAGAAUCAUGGCAUAUUAUUUUGAGUUUUAAAUAAUUUGGAAAUUAAAGCAAUUGAUACUACAAUUAGUUUUAGUGAAAUUAAAAACUAAAACGGUCUAUUCAAUGUAUUUGUUAGAAAAAUUAUUUCUAAUUAAUUGAUAAGACAGAAAAACCUGUAAAACCUACCACAAUAAUUCAUUGUAUAUCUUUGUUGAAAUUCUAAAAUUUUCAUCAUAAUUAUUAUUAUGAAACCAUAGUGUCGAAUAUUUUUGCUUUACAGGUUUUUCAAUGC